CGGAGGGGGAGGUGGCUGGCCGUCCUCCCGCGUCCGCCAUUUUGUUGCUAUAGUUCUUGAGAACGGGUUAGGUAAAACCGCCUCGGACACGGGACGCUCCUUGGAUUCUGGUGCUUGGCGGGGCUGCAGGAUUCGGUGCAGAGCCGCAGGACUGCGGAGCCGCCACGUUCCAGACUAGAAGUCCCUAGAGGUACCCUCCCUCGUACUCUGGGCAGCCCGAGAACCCCGGGGCGGCCUCCGCUGAGGCUCGGCUUCGCCCGGCCUGCCUCUGGCUCUGCCCGCUUCCCCGGGCCGGUUCCCUCCGUGAGGCUGCCCAGGCACAAGCGGGCGGCGGCGGAGGAUGCUGCGGUCCCGGAACCCAGAGGAAGGUGCUGGCUCGGCCCUCUAAGCGCGUCUCGAGGUGUUCCGAGAGGCCCUUCUUUGGCCCAGGAGCCGUUUGCUGGGCAAAGGAGUCCAGAGCAGGCGAGAGCAGCUGCAGAGCCGCCACAGAGCCCCGGCCCAGCAUCAUGUCCACCGCCAAGUUCGACUCCACAGACCGCGGGACCUGGUACAUGGGGCCGGUGUCUCGCCAGGAGGCGCAGACCCGGCUCCAGGGCCAGCGCCAUGGUAUGUUCCUAGUCCGCGACUCCUCCACCUGCCCCGGGGACUACGUGCUGUCGGUGUCCGAGAACUCGCGAGUCUCGCACUACAUCAUCAAUUCGCUGCCCAACAACCGUUUUAAGAUCGGAGACCAAGAGUUUGACAACUUAGCGGCUCUGCUGGAGUUCUAUAAGAUCCACUACCUGGACACCACCACCCUAAUCGAGCCCGCGCCCAGGUAUCCAAACCCACCAAUGGGAUCUGUAUCAGCACCCAACCUGCCUAUGGCAGAAGAAAAUGUGGAAUAUGUACGGACUCUCUAUGAUUUUCCUGGGAAUGAUGCUGAAGACCUGCCCUUUAAAAAGGGUGAGAUCUUGGUGAUAAUAGAGAAGCCUGAAGAACAGUGGUGGAGUGCCCGGAACAAAGAUGGCCGGGUUGGGAUGAUUCCUGUCCCUUAUGUUGAAAAGCUUGUGAGAUCCUCACCACAUGGAAAGCAUGGAAAUAGGAAUUCCAACAGUUACGGGAUCCCAGAACCUGCUCAUGCAUACGCUCAACCUCAGACCGCAACUCCUCUACCUGCAGUUUCCAGUACUCCUGGGGCAGCCAUCAACCCCUUGCCAUCUACACAGAAUGGACCUGUCUUUGCAAAAGCAAUCCAGAAAAGAGUACCCUGUGCUUAUGACAAGACUGCCUUGGCAUUAGAGGUUGGUGACAUUGUGAAAGUUACAAGGAUGAAUAUAAAUGGCCAGUGGGAAGGCGAGGUGAAUGGGCGAAAAGGGCUUUUCCCUUUUACACACGUCAAAAUCUUUGACCCUCAAAACCCAGAUGAAAAUGAGUGAUUCUCUUGCCCCAUUCCCUGCUGCUUCAUUGUUCUGCCUGUCAUAGUCUCCUUUGAAGUGAGAAAGUAUUCUAAUAGGCAAAUUACACUGCAUUGCCAGCGUCCAGCUUUCUAUAGACUGGUGAUCUGUCAUACACAUUUGGAAUGCACACAGUGGCUGCCUCGGCAUUUGUAUCAUAGUUGUAUUGUAGAGUUCUUUUGGAACAUAAACUGGAAAUACUGGUGGAAGCACACAAGUGGAGAGAAGUUAACAAAGGGUCUUCCUUCUCAUCACUGCCCUGUUUAUACUGUGACUGAUUUUGUCAUGUCCAUCAGAAAAGCUUGAGGCCAUGGCAAGACACUGCACAUUGCUGUUCCACAAAGCAGUGGUUCAGUCGCCAUUUUGUUUUCCUUUGAAGAACAGAAAGUGAACCUUAAAGAAGAGGGAAUUCUGUCUUAAAACUCCCCAAAAUCUGACUUUUGUUUUCAUUUGGUUUUGGAAGACCAAUUAGAAUUUUUGUGUUCUAAACAGUUUUAAGUAGCAGAUUGGAUUUCUGUGUUAUUACAAGGAGUGACACAUGCCUCUGAGCUUCUAAACUGAAGCUGCUCUAACUAAAGGAAUGCGAAAAACAACUCUGAAGGUGAGGCCUUACUGUGUUGGUUGACAUACAAAAACAACACAAAGUCCAUCACUCCCAGUGUGCCAGGCUGUGUGCAGUCUCUUGGAUUACAUUGUCUUCGAAAGCAUCAGUGUGUGUGUUUGUGUGUGUUGGGGGAAGGGGGUGACUUGGGGGAAACCUUUGCUUACCUUGUUCACCAGUGACAGGGAGUACUUGGCCCACUUUCUGCCCAGUGUGUCAUGAGUGCACCCCUCCUUUUAAGUUAUAGGACUUAAACUUCUUUCAAAAGUGAGUUUGUUUAUAGACUGAAAUCCAGUCCUCCCUGCCUCAGCUUAAACUCACAAGGCUGCCAGAGAAAGAUGGUGCUGCUUAAUACUGAUUCCACAGUCUAGGCAUCCACCAGGCUUCCAAGCUAAGAGUGCAAGUUUUGAAACUUGGUUAAUGAAGUGGAUGUCUAGUGUUUUAGUGAUUAGAGAGACCCAUUAACUAAUUCACCAUUAACAGUUUAUCAGUGUGAUGUUCAAGUUUCCUUGUCAGCUAAAAAGAGGACUGUUCAUACAACCCAGCUGGUACAGAUGCGUGAUCCAACCCUAAUCUGCAUGUAGCAGAGUAGAAUUUUGGAGACUUCAUGCAUUCGUCUCUUCCCUUCUCCCUGGUGAAAACAGGCUUGUGCUCAGCUUGAAUAAGCAGACCUAGAAAUGUAGCAACAACCUAAUGAGUAUCAUUCACUGAACAUCUGUUAGAAACCAUGGCCCUGUCUCUAGAGCCACUUAGGUUUUGAGGUUUAGAGUAAUGUACUCUGGUGAUAGAACUAGCAAAACAGCCAUUUUAUGGUUUUUCUUUAAAUCAGUAUUCCGUCAGGCAAGUAGCUGCCAUAUUAAAAAUUCUUGAGGAUGACAAAAUCUAUGGUUACUUGGAAAAAAGUACCACUGUGGCUGACUGUCUUUGGUUUUCUUGGGGGGAGGGGGGGAAAAAGGAAAAAAACAAUCAACCACCUUCUGCUCAGACCAUGUCUGUCCAUUGCAGUUGACUCUUGUUCCAAGUUUGGCCCAGCCUACCAUCCCCAAGUGACAUGUGUGGCAGGUUUCCUGCACGCUGACUGGAAAUGGUGAUUACCCUGCAAUCAGUGCCCCAUUUGGCCUGAUGUGGCUGGAAGAGGACUAUAUAUGUGCUGUGCUCAAAAAGGGCACAAGCCCUAAGGCCUUUUUACACUAAAUUUAACAGAGAGGCUCAAACCUUUUUUUGUGACAGUGGUUGGUGAAGUGGUGACUUCAGAGCACAAGAAGUAUAUGGGAGGCAAGGUUUCCUUUCACCUCAUGUGGAGGACUUCAGAAUAAGAACACCCCCAUAACCUAGGUUGGCUUCAUAAGAAGUCCACUCAUUACUUUAGCCCAUGUAUAUGUCUGGGGCUGCCCAAAUUGUAGCCCAAAAUAAGGUGAGUUCUAAACUGUCAAGAUAUGUGCCAAAAGUAGUGACUUUUUAACUUAGAAGCUUAGAUUUAUAAUCAGGCUAGGAAAUCCUUUUCACACUAAAUAUACAAAAAAAGAAACCCAGCUUUGUGCCUGGGUUCCCCCAUGAUCUGGGAAGGCAUCAGGUACCCUAGCUGCCUUCGCUCCUGGGUGGAUUCCAAAUUUGUGGUUUAAGAAAAAUUUGGGUGUCAAAAUAACUCACUUGGGAAGUGAAUGAAUUAAGUACUAAGGGGCAUUGACAGUUUGGUUAAAAACUUAGUUAUCCUGGGAAUGACCUCCAUCACAGAAGUCGUCCUUGCCAAGUCCUGUGCAGUGUGGCAAGGGUUAGGGCAAGGGUUAGUGGAAGGGGCACAUUGAUUGGCUGCCACUUGAUGACUGUUUGCCUAGAAGAGGCACCUGUGUAUUCAUGGUUGGAAAACUAAAAGGAGGGAAGGACAGCUGCUCCCCUUGGAGCUCAAGCAUCAUGGGCACUGUGCCAACUUUCUUUUACAGCUGUUUACAGACAAGGCAGGCCAGCAGAUGGCCACUGCUCUUAUGUUUGCUCAGAGGAAUAUGAACAUUUUAUUUUUGAAAAGGGAUCAUGUGUUUUAUGCCAGGUGUUUCUAAUUUAAUCCUAAUAUUAUGUUCAUUAACCUCUUCAAAUAAGUGAAUUGAUUGUUUUAACACAGUACCUAAGACUAAUGCUUUCUGUGGACACCACGGAGCUCUGCCUCAAACUUCACCCUCUGGGACCAGAGAACUAUGUCCCUAGUAACUGCUGUCAGUGUGGACACUGAGCUAGUUAUAUAUUCUAAAGGAGUAGAAAAACAGUUCUCUGAGACAGGGUUGUUGUCUCUGCCCGAGGAACAGUGGCCUUGCUUCUAGACGGUCUUCACUGUGUGUUUUAAAAAAGACAACACAAAACUUUUGACCUGUAACUUAAAAGAUCAUAAACUUCAGGCAAUAAUAUUUUCUGUGUAAGCUUUUAAAAUUAUUUUUGGGGAUCAUAGCUUGUUUUAUUUUGUGCUAUAAAAUUAACAGUAUUAAAUGACUUAUAUUCUUAGAAUACAUGGAGUGUCUUUUCUUAACAGAUUAGUGCCUUUUUAUUUUUGUAUUUCAUUUUAUGUUACUGGUCCCAGCAUCAGAGCCCUUAUUUCCAUGGCCUGUUUGUACCUUGUCUCAAUAAAACUUGUAUCAGCCCAUGGCA